GUGAGAGAGGACGGUCGUGUCCAGCCCUCCGGUCCCGCGGCCAUCGUCGUGUGUAGUUACGUUUCUAAUAUUUUAGUGACGAUGUGUUAAUGAAGUUUGUUUUAAAGAUAAAAACUUUCAAAUGUGCAAGUGUAGAAAUGUGACCAUAAAACCGCGAACCAGCCCCAAGAUGAAGCGGCGAUCUCUGACGGCCCUCCGCGAUGAGCACCCACCGAAGAAGUCCCGCAGCGACUUAGCGAUCUACGCCAUGGUCACCGCCACAGCUGUUCUCAGCUACGUCAACAGUUUACAUGGCGACUUCGUGCAUGACGACAUCCCGGCUGUGGUCACGAAUGGUGACGUCGUGGGCACGAACUCUUUGAAGCAGCUGUUUCUGGAUGACUUCUGGGGCACGCCUAUGGCUGACGUGAACAGUCAUAAGUCAUACAGGCCUUUGACUACUUUAUCAUUCAGACUAAACUACGCGUUAGCUGGACUGCGGCCGUGGUGGUGGCACGCUUGCAAUGUGGCUUUACACGCGGCGUGCUGCGCGCUGGUGGCCCGCGCGUGCGUCACCAUAGCUCGCUUGCAACGUCCCUUUGCCGCGCUCGCCGCCCUGCUAUUUGCCGUUCAUCCUAUUCAUACCGAGGCGGUAGCGGGAGUUGUGGGCAGAGCUGACGUAUUGGCUUGUAUAUUUUUUUUGUCUUCACUACUUGUUUAUCACAGACCGGCAAACAACAAGAAGUAUGUAUGGCUGAGCGUGGUACUUGGAGCAUUGAGUAUGCUUGCCAAAGAAACAGGAGUCACGGUUCUAAUGUUGAAUCUUAUUUAUGACUUUUAUAGAUGUUGGCCACUUGUCAAAAGGUCGAUUUGCUCAAUGAAAUUCGAAAAGAAAUGCACGGGUCUUUCAGUGCGGACCAUUAAAGUUGUGGUGUCUUUGGCACUAUUAGUGUGCUUCAGACUGGCACUAUUGCAGGGGACGUGGCCAAGUUUUUCUCCUCAAGACAAUCCAGCUGCUUUUCAUCCCAGUUUCUUCGUCCGAUUAAUGACUUUUUGCUAUCUGGCCGCCUUCAACUGGUGGCUGCUUCUUUGUCCGUGGACCUUGAGUCACGACUGGCAAAUGGGUUCGGUUCCCCUCAUCACCAGCGGAUGGGAUCCGAGGAACUUACUCACAUGCGCCGCCUUUGGUGCUCUACUGCUUCUCUGCUACAGGUUUAUUGCCGAUUUGGAGGUUCAAAGACACACUCCUGCAGUAGUAGGGAUGCUGCUACUAGUGAUACCUUUCGUGCCUGCCAGUAACCUGCUGGUGACCGUCGGCUUUGUGAUCGCUGAGCGAGUUCUUUACAUACCCAGUGUGGGUAGCGUGAUCAUCACGGCGUAUGGAGUUCAACUGAUUUGGUACUCCAAGCCUGGUACUAAAGCGGUCCUGGUCAUCGGCCUCGCUGUGUUAGCGGCCAGCGGAGUAGCUAGAACUUAUAGAAGAAACGCUGACUGGCGGGACAGAGCCACGUUGUUGAGAACGGAUUUAGUGACUUUACCGCAGAACGCCAAACUGCACUACAACUUGGGAAACUUCCUUAGGGAGUCUGAGCAGCAAGAAAGCGCCAUCAAGCAUUACAAAGAAGCUUUGAGGUUGUGGCCGACAUACGCAAGCGCCCACAAUAACAUAGGAACCUUGGUCUCCGGGUUGGAGAAUGCAGAACAGCAUUUCCUGCAAGCCAUCAAGUUUAACAAGUACCAUGUCAACGCGCACUACAACCUCGGGAAACUUUACAAAAAAAGCGGUCGAGCAUACCAAGCUACAGUGAUGUUUGAGAAGUGUGUAUGGCUUCAGCCUCGAUUCAUUCAAGCUCACAUAGAAUUGCUGGGCUUGAAGCCGGAGUCGGAGAAGCACAGGAUCCUUGCAAGGCUGGUGGAACUCGAACCUAAUAACUGGGAACAUUUCGUGUUAUUCGGCAAUUGGUGGAGAAAUAACGGAUUGGUGGGACCGGCUUCCAAGUUUUAUCUGGAGGCGAUGAGAUUGAGUUUUCGAAGGCGUGACGUCGAGCUGCCAGUCAGGAGCGAUCUAAUAUCGUUCAGAUCGACCGCUUUGAUGUACAGGUCGUUAGGACAGAAAUCGAGAACACUACAGCUUUUGACAAGAUGGCAUACUUGGCGUCGUGGCUGGCCUAGUGCCGCUGCAGCCCACAUGUAUCUAAGAGAUUGGAGACUCAAAAUGGAACUCGAAGGUCGAGUACAAAUUUAUUCUAAAGCUGUCAAUCCUACAAAAUCGACAAAGUGCUUCGACCACGCACAACUGACAGUUGAAACCGCUAAGGCUUACACUGAUAAAGUACCCAAAAUAGAAGAAACCGUUAAAAUAGACGAAAAAAACAAUUACAAUAAAGUUGCGAAGAAAGGUGGAGAUGUGAAUUCGUGCGAGUGUAAAAAAUGCGGGACCAAAAAACGCAAUAUAUCUGUGCCGUCGCAAAUUAAAACGACACAUAACAAAUCAGAAACAGGACUGAAAGACAAGCAGUGCGUGAGGAAAGACGAGACAGUUAAAAAUGACGCCAUUCCCACUAAUAUGAUAGGUACGACGAUAACUGAACAUUUCCUUAUGAAGACUUUCUGAAGUGUAUUUAUACUAAUGGAAUUCGAUGAGGCGGAUGGCUUAACUUAAAUGGCAGAUGUUAAACUUUGAGAUACACUUUCAGAUGACACCGAUUUAUAUUUAGAUACGAUUUUAAGUUAAGUUUAUUUACGUUGAAUAAUUUCUUUUUUUUUGGUCGUGUAGAUAAAAAAAUGGAUACUAAUUUUUUAAGAUUUUUUUAGAAUCUAUUUCUUUAAAUACAUAAA